AUGAUCACACAGCGUGGAGGCGACAGUGCAGACUCCAGGAGGCCUUCUGCAGAUAUCCGCACGGCUAGGACGCUCUCGCCGUCGCCGUCGGGCUCUUCUGCCGGUGGUGCUGGUGGCGGCCGUCCUCCUCUCUCGCCGCGGUACUAUGGCAGCAGCUCGUCCCCGUCCUUCCGCCCGCGUAAUAAUAACGCCAGACCAGACCAGCAUCUCCUCCCACGACAUCUCAAUACCUCCUUUGUUUCGUCUUCUUCCUUUACGGGGUCUCCUACGCAGAUAUUACGUCCUGAUGGCCCGGAUCAUGCACCUCCUGCGCUCUCUCGGAGCGGCUCGCCGGCUACUCCUGGCCAGCCGUUUUCACCCCAACAGAGACUGAAGCCAUCCCCGUCCAUGCCAAAUGUACGUCAGAGGAGUUACUCCCCGUUUCAGAUGGAGAGGCCGUCGCCUAGGUCAUCUCCCAACGGGUUGUCGCCAAGUCGAACUAACCACCGUUACUACACGCCGGAACUGCACUUUGACGUGCCACCGCCUUCGCGGACGAGUCUUCAGUCUGCCAACACCGUCACGUCCAGUGUAGAUCCGGCCAGCGGGACAGAGAGAAGCAGUGUCGCCACCAAGACCAGCUCUACUACCGAGCCGUCGCCAAAGAUCUCGGAAGAGGACGAGGCCCGGGAAGACGUGGAGCAGGACAUGUACGGUCAUGGUGAGAUGAGCGUGGACGAUGCGAUAGACAUGUACCUCGACGGCUUUACAGACGAUCCGUCCCCCUCCACGGGGAAGAGGAAAUCAAACAUCAAAGAUCUACGGGGUGAUAUGCAUGCCAACACGCCGCCAGACAGCCCAGGAGCAGAGCCGUCAACUCCGGUCAACGUUCCACUCACGGCGCUCCCAUCGCCUCCGCCCUCGUCUCUCUCGCCUCCGCCCAUCAUCAUCGAAACAUCGACACAUUCUGAUCCACCGCCUCUGUUGGCGCCGACAAAGACGCGAGACCAGUAUGGAUUCAGGAAAGCUACCACGCACGUGACCAUCGAGCAGUACGACUCCUGGUAUGAAUCGUACUCUGAAUAUCAGAAAGUAAGGAGCGAGAAAUGGUAUGCGCUGCUGAGAUCGAGCGGCAUCGACGAAGCAGUUCCUACCACCUUUCCCAUCCGGUCCGCCAAACUCAAGAAAUACAUCAGGAAGGGCAUACCGCCAGAGUGCCGUGGAGCGGCGUGGUUCUGGUAUGCCGGCGGAUACGACUAUAUACGUCGAAACCCGGGCCUCUACAAACGUCUUGUAGAGACUGCCCUUCGAAGCCCGAUGAACGACGACAAGGAACACAUUGAGCGGGAUCUCCAUCGAACGUUCCCAGACAACAUCCACUACAAGCCUGAUUCGGCCGAAGACCUUUCCAGCGGUAGCAGCAAUCUCAAAUACAACUCUGCCUCCCCCGACACCCCCAUCAUUCAAUCUCUUCGUCGUGUAUUAUAUGCAUUUUCCCUACAUAAUUCUAAUAUCGGAUAUACUCAGUCGCUCAACUUUAUAGCCGGAUUCCUCAUCCUCUUCCUGCCCGAGGAAAAGGCCUUCUGGCUCCUCCACAUCAUCACUUCCACCUUCUUCCCGGGCACUCACGAGAUCAGCCUCGAGGGAGCCAACGCAGACCUCUGGAUCCUAAUGGUCGCCCUCAAGGAAGCCCUACCAUCUGUCUAUACAAAAGUCGUCAGCACCGUACCUACAACCUCCAAAACGAAACCUCCAGGCUUAAACACCUCUACUCGCCUUCCAGAUAUCACUCUCGGCCUCACAAACUGGCUAAUGUCCAUGUUCAUUAGCACCUUGCCCUUCGAAACUACCCUACGCGUCUGGGACGUGUUAUUCUACGAAGGCUCCCGUACCUUUUUCCGCGUCGCGUUAUCCAUCUUUCGCAUGAACCAGAAACAGAUCGUGUCCCUCGGCGAUCCCAUGGAGAUCUUCCAGGUAGUGCAGACGGCGCCUAAACGGAUGAUCGACCCCAACGAGCUGAUGAUGGAUUGUUUCGCACGCCGUUUUAAGCUGUCACAAGCCCGUGUGGAGAACCUGCGCCAGGCAAGACGAACCGCUAUCCGAGAGGGAAAAGACCGAUUAUCUCAUUUGGCUGGACCAAAGAAAUUCAAGACCGACCCUAACGGGCGGCCGAGCACGGGAGCAAACACCCCUUCACCCAGUGCCUGGAGGAGCUUCAAGAGCUUUAAACAAUAA